AAUAACUCCUAUACUAACUAAUUUGGAAUUGAAAUGUAAUUGAUAGACUGAUAUAAAAAGAUACUAUUUGCCUAAAACCGAAUUUCCCGCACAGUUCCAACUUCAAAGUCUAGCAAGCGACCUAAGUUGCAUAAAGAGCUCAGGUCAGCACCAAACAUGACAAAUGUACUAUCAACUUCACUUUAGAAGCAAAAUUUGCUCCUUUCCCUCCUUAUGCAAACGCCAUUUUCGUAUCUCUUUUAGCUCCUUUUCUCAAAUCCCAGAUGACAAUUCAAACCCAGAGACAUUACCUUCACCUCAAUCCCAGUUGGUACCCCCCAGUAACGUAAUUACACAACCAAAAUUUUCAAGAAAUGGCCACUUAUCGCACAAAACUAGAUACUCUGAGCAACCUGAAACCAACGAUGUGGUAUUAUCAAACAAGAAAAUUACCAGUUAUAUUAGACGUGGGGAUUUAGAUUCCGCGUUUAAUGUUUUCAAUAGCGUGAAGGUUAAGACAGUGGUCACGUGGAAUUCAAUCUUGGCUGGCUUUUCAAGGAAGCCCGGGUACGUUGAAGAAGCUCGCCAACUGUUUGAAAAAAUUCCUGAACCGAAUGUUGUGUCGUAUAAUACUAUGUUAGCUUGCUAUAUGCGAAAUUCUGAUAUCGAGGCUUCUAAGAAUUUCUUUGAUCAAAUGCCGGUUAAAGAUGUUGCUUCCUGGAACACCAUGAUUUCAGGUUUCUCUCAGAAUGGGCUGAUGGCUGAAGCGGAAGAGUUGUUUCGGGCAAUGCCGGUGAGGAAUGAGGUUACGUGGAAUGCUAUGGUAGCUGGGUAUGUUGAGUCUGGGGAAGUGGAAUCAGCAUUGGAGUUGUUUAGUGAAGCUCCUGUGAAAGGUGUGAUUGCUAGGACAGCGAUUGUGACGGGGUAUAUGAGAUCAGGAAAUGUUGAAAUGGCAGAGAAGAUGUUUCGAGAGAUGCCAGAGAAGAGUAUGGUAACAUGGAACACCAUGAUUUCAGGUUACAUUGAGAAUGGGAGAGCAGAGGAUGGUAUGAAGUUGUUCAAGAAAAUGAUGGGAUCGGGUGUAAAGGCUAAUGACUCGACAUUGAGUAGUCUCUUACUAGGUUGUAGUAAUUUAUCUGCAUUGAAAUUGGGGAAGCAAGUUCAUCAGCACGUUGUGAAGUCCCCUCUGAACUUGGAUAUGACGGUGGGGACUUCAUUGAGUAGCAUGUAUAGCAAGUGUGGAGUUUUGGAGGAUGCGUGGAAAUUAUUUCUUGAGAUGCCAAGAAAGGAUGUCGUCACUUGGAAUGCAAUGAUUUCAGGGUAUGCUCAACACGGGGAAAGCAAGAAGGCCCUUCACUUGUUCGAUGAGAUGAGGAGUAAAGGAAUAAAACCAGAUUGGAUAACGUUUGUUGGAGUUCUAUCAGCCUGUAACCAUGCAGGUUUUGUCAAUCUUGGUAUUCAAUGUUUUGAGCAAAUGCAGAAUGAUUAUGGAAUUAAGCCAAAACCAGACCAUUACACUUGUAUGGUUGACCUCCUUGGACGAGCUGGCAAGCUAAAUGAAGCUGUGGAUUUGAUAACAAAAAUGCAUUUCAAACCCCAUAUAUCAUUAUUUGGAGCACUUUUGGGUGCUUGUAGGAUCCACAGAAACUUAGAAGUGGCAGAAUUUGCUGCCAAAAACUUACUUAGCCUCGAACCUACCAAUGCAGCAGGAUAUGUUCAACUUGCUAAUGUUUAUGCAGCCAAGAACCAUUGGGAAGGUGUUUCUAUAGUUAGAAAGUCAAUGAAAGAGAACAAAGUUAUAAAAACACCGGGAUAUAGUUGGAUGGAGGUUGGAAGAGUGAUCCAUGAGUUCAGAUCAGGGGAUAGACUUCAUCCAGAUUUGGAAAGCAUACACAUGAAACUAAAAGAUCUUGAGAAGAAAAUGAAGGUAGCGGGUUAUGUUCCUGAUCUGGACUCUGCAUUACAUGAUGUAGCAGAGGAACAGAAAGAGCAGCUACUUCUCUGGCACAGUGAGAAACUAGCAAUUGCCUUUGGUUUAAUAAAAUUACCACCAGGAAUGCCAAUUAGGAUAUUCAAGAAUCUCAGAGUUUGUGGAGACUGCCACCAAGCCACUAAAGUUAUAUCAGCAAUAGAAAAUAGGGAAAUCAUUGUCAGAGAUACAACUAGGUUUCACCAUUUCAAAAAUGGAGUUUGUUCUUGUGGCGAUUACUGGUAAACUAGAGAGAGAACAAUUUUUAAUAGCAAAAAGUUUCAUUCUUUAUUCGAUAAAAAGGAAAAGUGUGUUUUUUUAAAUGCGAGAAUGAAGUUACUAAACAACCUCUCUACCUUCGCAAGGUAGGGGUAAGACUGCUUACACACUAUCCUUCCCAGACCCCACUUGUGAGAUUGCACUGGGGGUUGUUGACAAUGAAGUUAGUGCUAGUCUAUUGACCAUGUUUUCAUGGUAAGGCGUUGAAGCCAAGCAAGCAGCUAUUAGAAAGAAGUUGAAGCUAAAACAGCAGAAGGGGAGAAAAGAAAUGACCUAGGAGGUAUCCUAUUUUGAACACAAAUGGUAUCAAACCUCAAUUUCUUCUUUUGAAUACUACUUAUCAGAAGAAGGGUUGGUUGCAUACCUGCUAUAAGAGGGUUGCCCACUGAAUCUGUCUCCAACUAAUUUCAUUUUAGUUUCGUUGCGGGCCAGAGCUAAUUUUGAUUAAGGAUAUUGUUAACCGCAGUUUCUAGCAACUAUUUUCAGAUGUUGUGCUGAUGAUGGGAGAAAUUCUUAGUAUAUAUGUAAUAGAUUAUGCAUCUUUGUAACAUACUUGGAGUU